GUCGCCACAUCAAGCAACCAGAGACUGGAAAAGAGAGUAAAAUUAAGCUGAUAGGCUCACCAAUGAUUGCAUCUGCUAAUAAUGAACUCAACGAAGUCAGCUCAAGGAAGUGGAAGGCAUGCUUGGAAAAUAGAAGUUUCCAUUAUGAAGGAACAUACAAACAUUUCCCACCCACCAUGUGGAUCAAGAUGUUUGGGCUGAUGAUUCUGGGUCGUAUGUGUGGACAAGGUGGUCUUCAUUACAUCAUGAUACAGCUGUGUAUUCAACAACAUGUUAACCUGUCCCAGCGGAUGUUGAUGCUCUUAAAUGAUGUUGAGAAAAAUCCAGGACCGGAGUAUUCGUGCAAAUGGAUAUCCUGCAAGGAAGACUUCCACUCCAUAGGACAGCAAGAUGCACAUAUCAUCUCUCAUGUGGUUCAAGAGAAAUGCUGUAGAUGGGGAGACUGUACCAAAGUCCUGAGCUUUAAUAGUCUUGAAAUCCAUGAACUUAAACAUCUCUAUGAUGUGAGUUUAGCACUGUGUAUGAACUGGUGUUGCUUCAUUUUCUGCAUAUCUUUAUCUCAGUCUUCUCUAGUUUUGAUGGUCAAAUACAUAUUGUCUGCCAGUUUUUUUCCCCCAAUACUGCCGUUCAUCGUUUGCUUGCAUCAAGAGUUUUAAAAGAAAUUAAAACUCAUUUGUUUAGUUAGAAUCUUAUGAAAGACUUAAAUGGCCAUGUUUAAUACAAUUGUAUAACAACAUAUACGAGCUAAAAAAAUAGUUGGAAUAAUUAAUGUAUAUAUGAACAUAACAAAUUUACUUAAAAUCA